AUGCCCAUGAUUGAAAUGAUGGGACAUGAUGGUACGCCUCCGCCGCCGCCGCCGCCUCCUCCUCCAAACCCUCCACCGCCGUCGCCUUCUCUGAUGCCUCCCCGCCUCCCCGCCCUCCUCUGCCUCUACCUGCCCCAUCCCCGCCCCCACGUCCGCCUCGUCCACCACUCCGGCUCCGGCCCCGGCCCCAGCACCAGUACCAGCGCCGUCGGCCCGCCGCCGCAGCUCCCGCCCUCGCCGCACGCGUCGGCCGAGCUCUGGAUCGCCAAGGCGCUCGCUUCCGCGGCACUACUCCGCCCGCAGCACCUCCCGGCGUUCCGCCGCCUCGCUCCCUCCCCUCUCGCCGCCGCCGCGGCGCUCCGUUUCGCGCCGUGCUCCUCGUCGGCUCUCGGUAUCUUCACCGCGCUGCGUUGCCCCCCGCUCUCCAUCACGCCGUCCGCGCACUCCUUCCAGAAAAUCGUCGUGGUGCUGUGCAAGUCCGGACGCCAGGUUGACGCCCUCCAACUGUUCGACCAAAUGACAACCCACCAUGGUUACUUGCCCGACGACCGUUUUCUCUCCUUCCUGAUCAGUUCCUGCACAAAUGCCAAUCUUCUCGAUGCGUCCGCGACAUUGCUGUCGAAGGCACCAGGGUUUGGUUGCCGGGUAGAAGCAUAUGCAUAUAACAAGCUCAUGAGCUUGUUAAUUGGUCAUGGACGGGUUCAUAAUGCUGUGGCAUUGUUUGAACGCUGGAUUCAGGAUAGAGUAUAUUCUCCAGAUGUUUGGAGCUUUAAUGUCAUUAUCAAGGGGGUUUGUCGGGUGGGGUACGUCCAAAAGGCACUUGAGUUGGUUGAAAGGAUGAAUGAGUUUGGAUGUUCACCAGAUACUGUCACACACAACAUCCUUGUGGAUGGUUUAUGCAGGAUUAAUGAGGUGAGUCGAGGUCAUGAGGUGUUGAAGAGGCUCCAGAGGGAUGGUGUUUGCAUGCCCAAUGUUGUGACAUUCACCUCAGUGAUCUCAGGUUACUGUAAGGCUGGGAAGAUGGAGGAUGCAAUGGCUGUAUACGAUGAUAUGGUUGUGUCUGGAACAAUGCCCAAUGCGGUUACAUACAAUGUGCUUAUAAAUGGAUAUGGCAAAGUUGGCGACAUGGGUUCUGCAGUGCAAGUGUAUCAGCAAAUGAUGCGACUUCGCUGCCCUCCUGAUGUUGUGACAUUUAGUUCUUUGAUUGAUGGUUAUUGUCGGUGUGGGCAACUUGAUGAUGCAUUGAAGAUUUGGAGUGAGAUGGCCCAGCAUCACAUUCAGCCCAAUGUGUACACCUUUUCUAUCAUAAUACACUCACUUUGUAAGCAGAACAGAUCAGAGGAAGCGAUUGGUCUGUUGAAUGAAUUAAACUUGAGACCUGACAUUGCACCACAAGCGUUUAUAUAUAACCCAGUGAUAGAUGUACUCUGCAAGUGCGGAAAGGUGGAUGAAGCAAACUUGAUUCGAAAGGGCAUGGAAGAAAAAGGAUGUCGUCCUGACAAGUAUACAUAUACUAUUCUAAUAAUUGGUUACUGCAUGAAGAGCAGGAUUUCAGAGGCUAUCAUGAUUUUCCAUCAAAUGGUGGAGGCUGGUUGUUCCCCUGACAACAUUACAGUUAAUUGUUUUAUUAGUUGCCUUUUGAAGGCCGGGAUGCCAAAUGAGGUGGAUCAUGUAAUGCGUCUUGCAUCAGGGGGUGUUUCAUCUAUUCAGGAAGUUCCUUCUCCUGUGAGGCAAAGACUAGAUAUUUCAGUAGCUUUGUAGUUGAAUGUUGUAGGAGAGAAUGGAAGAAAGAACACACUGACUGUUUCCGGUAUGUAUCGCGGAACACCUGGAACUUGCAAAGAUUAUAAGAGGUGGUAGUGACUGGAUAUUCAGAUAAGAGAAUCUCAAAUGUCAACAUUAGAUCUUAGUUGCCUCUAGACCAGAUCUACUAAGAAACUAAUCGAAAACGACUUCACACUGAUCAAAGAAGUAAAAAGCAAGCCAUUUGGUCUCCCAGUGUUUAGUGAAGCUGUCAGAUAUAUGGCUGCCAGUUCUACAAAUUUCAUCGGGGUUGCUUCUGUGAUAAAUUACGCUCUAUCGAUUCUUGGGAUGCCCCUAAACAACUCAUGUAUAACUGGUUGGCCUGAUCGCUUUCCUGGAUCUCCAGUCACUUUGGCCAUGUGUCAGCAGCAUGCUUUUUUGGACUUGUUAACUGAAAUGAGGUUGAGUAGCAGUUGAAGACUAGAUGCUUGAAGAAUGGCGUGAAGUAAUUUUCCCUCUAGCAGAGGUACUUCACUUGUUUCCAGUUUUUCUUGUGCAUUAUUCACUCUGGUAUAGAAAUUUUUUAGGAGAUAGUUGAUCAUUUUGAUCAUCCAUUCACAUGGUUGUUCAUAUUUCCAAUAAUAUACAACUCGGAUCAAAGUUUGAGCACAGUUUUUGGUAGUGCAAUUUUUAAGUUCCCCAUUGGAAUGAUUAUUGGGGUUCUUUUCCUAGGGAAUCUUGUUCAGUAUUUAUUAUUAACUUUAUAGUUUUCCCAACAUAGUCUAUGUCUCUAUGACCUAUUGAGUGACUUAGCAAC